UUUAGUUUACUCAGUCGACGCAGGCCGUCGUUGCAUGGCGGUUGUGCGUUGUGUCAGUGCACGACGGCAAGUUCUUACGGUCGUACAUACAUUAACAAGAAAAAAAAACGACCUUCUACUUGGACAACCGGAUAAAUUAAGAACCGGAACAUGGAGAUUUUGCAAACGUAGUAUAGUAUACUAAACGAGAUUCUCCACUAAAAAUGGAGAUAAGUCGUGACACCAGCGGCUCCACAGGACACCUGUCCAGUUCGGGUAGCAUCGGUGGUGGUAUGCAUCAUUCCCAUUCGACGCCGGCAGGAGUUGAUGGCGGUGUAAGAACGCCGCCGGCAACACCGAAAAAGGGAGGAAAGAUGCUGGCCAUCAGAGUUCAGAUGCUCGAUGAUUCGAUCACUAUCUUCCAAGUACAGGCUAAAGCUGUGGGAAGAGUGCUGUUUGAUCAAGUUUGCAAACAGCUUCACCUUCUCGAAGCUGAUUAUUUUGGAUUAGAAUAUCACGAUCUAUCAGGAACAAGGUAUUGGUUGGAUCUACAAAAGCCAAUUUCAAGACAACUGGGUUUAUCUCUUGUAGACCCUUUAUUAUGUUUUUGUGUAAAAUUUUACACACCAGAUCCAGGUCAGCUCGAAGAAGAAUACACGCGCUAUCUCUUCUGCCUCCAGGUGAAAAGGGACCUUGCACAAGGACUUAUGCAAUGCAACGAUAACACGGCAGCUCUUAUGGCUAGUUAUAUAGUUCAAGCGGAGUGUGGUGAUUAUGUCUCAGAAGAUUAUCCAGACCACACUUAUUUAUCGACGUACAAGUUUGUUCCUCAUCAAGAUCAUGAUAUGGAAAGAAGAAUCAUGGAGAAUCAUAAAAAACACGCAGGUCAAUCACCAGCGGAGGCGGAUUUAAAUCUUUUGGAGACCGCUAGAAGAUGUGAAUUGUAUGGAAUUAAAAUGCACCCAGCCAAAGAUCAUGAAAACGUACCGUUGAACCUUGCAGUAGCUCAUAUGGGAAUAGUUGUUUUUCAACAAUACACGAAGAUUAACACGUUUUCUUGGGCAAAAAUACGAAAGAUUUCUUUUAAGAGGAAACGAUUUCUGAUUAAACUACAUCCUGAGGGUUACGGGUAUUAUAAAGAUACUGUGGAGUUUUUCUUUGAGGGAAGAAAUGAAUGUAAAAAUUUCUGGAAGAAAUGUGUCGAAAAUCAUGGAUUCUUUAGGUGUUCGUCUGUGAAGAAUGUAUCAAGACAUAAAACAAGGGUACUUUCAAGAGGAAGUUCUUUUAGGUACAGUGGUAGAACUCAAAAGCAGAUAGUAGAAUUUGUUCGAGAUAAUUACGUAAAACGGCAAGCAUUCCAAAGGUAA